AUGGCGCGGUUCGACGCGCUGGAGGCCUUGGAUGAUUUGACGUCUGGGAAGGCGCGUGCGGCACUACGUGAAGCAACGCGCCACCUCUCGGAGCGCGGCUUGAGUGCUGCAUCGCACUGGGCGCUCGAAUUGCUGCAUAGUAUCCCGCGGAGCAGCGUGCCUGUAGCGAGCACGCCCCGGAGCAAGGAAGGGGGCACCUUUCCCACGCAUUCCACGCCUGCGCUCAAUGUGCGUUCGCCGGCGUGGAGCGAGCACCAGAGCACGAGUCGGACGGUGUCGGACGGCGCAGCGUGGCCCUGGCGUCCUUCGCCAGCGGACCUUGCGAGUCCUUCGAGCGGAGUGCGAUCGCCGGUGCCGCCACACACAGCGCACCAUGUACGAUUUGACCAAACCAAGCUUUCUUCGCCGCUCGCGCCGCGCACCUAUACCUUUGCGGACCAAACAACGAUACCCUAUGAGGAAGCGGAAACGUAUGCAUUCGCGAAAUCGUGCUUUGACCAGCGCCAGUACGACCAAUGCGCAUGGCUGCUUGAGCGAGAAGCAGUGCUCUCUGAGAAGGCGCGUUUCCUCCAGCUCUACGCGCGCUUCCUCAUCUUUGAGCGCGACCAGGACGAACAGGAGCUGCUGCCGCCGCUGGCGUACGCAAAAAACGCGCAAGGCACUGGCGCGCCUGCGCCCAACACACCCUCGCUUGUGCCCCUCCUUGCGCCGCUCGUGCACACCGAGGACCCGUUCCUCCUCUUUCUCAAAGGCGUCCUUCUCCGGCGCCUCCACAAGCGCGUCGAGGCGAUGGACUGCCUGCUCACCAGUGUGCGCGCUUUUGCCUACAAUUGGAGCGCAUGGCAAGAGCUUGGGCGCACACUCGACAAUACGAACGCCGAGCUCGAGCAGAUCAUGGACCUGCUUCCCAACUCGUUCAUGAGUGUCUUUUUCAUCGAGUACGCGUCGCGCCAAGCGACGCAGGCUGACGCGGCGAACCUCGCGCGCAUCGAUGCGCUCCUGCACCACUUUCCCGGCUCUACCUACCUGAUCACCUCCAAAGCCCAGUCUCUCUACCUGCAGCAGCAGCUCGAAGAGGCAGCCGAUACCUUCCAGCAAGCGCUCCAGCUCGAUCCGUUUCGCAUGGAUGGCAUCAGCGAGUACUCCAACACGCUCUACGUGUUGGACCACGCCGGUGCACUUGCGCAGCUCGUCCAGCAGUUUGCCAAGAUCGGCAAGGACCGCCCCGAAGUGUGCUGCCUCAUCGGCAACUACUACAACCAGCGCAGCGACCACUUCCGCGCGAUUGAAUCGUUCAAGCGCGCGCUGCGCCUCGACCGUGACUAUGUCGCGGCCUGGAUCCUGCUUGGGCACGAGUACUUGGAGCUAAAAAACAGCCACGCAGCGGCGGAAAUGUACCGCCGCGCGCUGGAAAUCAACCCCCAGGACUACCGCCCGUGGCACGGCUUGGGGCAGGUGUACGAGCUGAACGAGGCGUGGUCGUACGCGAUCCACUACUACCAAAAAUGCGCAGCCAUCCGCCCCUAUGAUGCGCGCAUGUGGGCGUCGCUCGGCGUGUGCUACGACCGGCUGGGGCGGAACGGCGAUGCGAUUGCCUGCUUCAAGCGGCAUCUCACAUGCCCUCUCACCCAGAUGGAAUCGGUGGAUGCCAUCUCGCGGAUCAUCGACUUGUACGAGCGCCAGGGCGAUACGCUCAACACCACCAUGUUCCACCGCCUUCUUGUUCAGGUCGUCGACCGCGCCAUGGACCGCGUCGACGCUGGCCUCGUCGCGCGCUUUGCAGUGAGCUACGUCAUUGCCGCGCAGUUUGAGAUGGGCGAGCUUCAAGGCAAGCUCUUCCGCGCCAAGGAGCGUGCCGACGAGUCCAGCACGCGCGUAGAACAGGGCGAUGUGAAGCGCGCGUACGAAUACCUGCAGAAGGUGGUGCUCGCCGGGACAGACAUGUCGCCCAUGGCGGAGGAACUGCUCAACAAGCUCUCUGCGCGGGGCGAUUCCAGGUAG